CUCUCAUUCCACUACCAUCUGCUCGUCAAAACAACAAAACUCAACUUUGGAUAAAUUUGUAUAUUUAAAAUUUAAAAUUACAAUUUUAAAUAUCACACUCACGUGUUAAAUUAAUUGAGGUAAAAUUUAACACCGAGUGUAUACCCUGCUCUCAUUACAGGAUACAAAGUUAUCUUAAAAGUGGAAACAUCGCCACUUUAUUGCGAAAAUGGAAACGGUUAAUUUACACAGCGAAAAUUCUCCUGAAAGUCGCUAUCAAAACUCCGGUAUGGAAAAAGCAAGUCUGGAUAAAGCCCACAAUUAUUGCUUCUUGUGCGAAUCUUUACUUCAAAACCCUUCCUCCCCGUCCCCCCUUCUCGCGAAAAAGAUCUCUCUGUGCAAAAAAUUCCUCCAAGAAAUUGGCGAUACGGAAGAAAAAAACUACGCAAAAUCGUGUCCAACUUGUCUUCACGAGGUGAGAAAAGUGUGGCAUCUAAACCUCGCAAUUAUCACAGUCAAACAACAAAUCACUGCAAUUCUAAAGAAACGGAGAGCCUGCAGAAAACAACAAAAUCCAGUAAAGACACCACUUCACCAUGAGACCGUUAAAAUUAAAGACGACGAUUUCACUAAUGAUCAAACCACUCGCAAUUCCAACCGUGCAGAAAAUUACGCCCAUGAAGACCACGACGACACGUCCCCCACCACCACCACGGCCCUCACGCCCUGCGUUAAGAUCGAGACGAGCUCAUCCUCCUACGGUAUGGACGCUGUCGACGUGGUGGACAGCAUUUUCGUGGGUGGCGCCAAGAACGGCGACAUUUUCGCAGAAAGUGACGCCAUCGAUGACUCCAGCGACCUGAAUGACGACGAUGAUAACGACACCAAUUUCAUGGAGUAUGAAGACGUCGAAGUUAUGCCCACAUUUCAACCGGCCAGCCCUGUCGUCACAACCUCGCCGGUGCAUCGACGAAACCACCGCGCGCCCAGCCGCCCCAUCGUCGCAAAGCACAAAUGUCUCCAGUGCGAGCGCGGCUUUCCCUACCGCUUCCAACUGGCCGAACACGUGCGUUCCUUCCACGAGAAGAUUCGCUACCCGUGCUCCGUCUGCGGAAAAGCGUUGUCCUCCGCGCGACACUGCGCCGCGCAUGAGGCCACCAUCUGCGGCGUCAUCCAUCCCGCCGCUUUACUCAAAAAGCUCUACGUCAAACUCCACCCUUGUAUCGUGGUCGGCUGUACAAAAAUUUUCGCAAGUUCGAGCAACCUCGGCAUGCACGUGGCGUCCAAGCACGUGGGGGUUCCGGCAUUCAUCUGUUCCACGUGUGGGGUCGACUUCGUCACGUUACGGGAUCGAAACAAGCACGAAAUAGAGUGCAAAAUUCGACCCAACGUUUAAAACGAGAUUGUUCAAGGAGAUACAUACGUACAUAAUUAUUGGUUAUUUAUCACCUUUAAUUAAGUCCCCCUGUAGUAUUAUUUGUGUGCACAACUUUACAAUUAUAAUUUGUACAUGUUUAAAUAUAUGAAAUUAAUGUAACAAACCGGCAAAAUUUUACGAAAUAAAUAGUACAUAAUGUAUGUAUGUAUUUUUGACAUA